UGCGGGGGCUUUGUGGAUGGGCACUGGCUGCACCGUGGAGAAAAACGUGCGUUCAUCCCGUGUGGUGUGUGUGUGUGUCAGUGUCGGUGGCAAACAAACCAGCGCUUAGAGAAAUCACGGCUGUUUCCACAAGCUUUGCAUCAAACAGCAGCAGAUAAACAGAGGGAUUCAUAAAGGGGACGCGGCAUGCAUGCAUGCAUGAAUGUGUGUGUGCAGGAGGUGUUGGAGGUUAUCGAAGAAUUAAAAGUGGACUGAUGCUGGCUCACUGAGGGCUGGGUUGAAGCUUGUGACUGCCUGCAUUGUUGCAUGCUUCCUGGGAUGGGAUAAUUUCCCUCCUCACACACCAAAGGAAUAACUGACAGACUUCUCUUUCCAUUCUCAAUGGUGCUUGAAGGCAGAGAGAUGGACGGCAUCGGGAACACCAUGCAGAAGAAGGCUGCAGAGCUGGAGCGGCUGGCCGAGGUGCUCGUCACCGGAGAACAGCUGAGGCUGCGGCUCCACGAGGGUAAGGUGAUCAAGGAUCGGCGGCACCAUCUGCGAACUUACCCAAACUGCUUUGUGGCCAAGGAGCUCAUCGAUUGGCUGAUCGAACACAAGGAGGCCUCGGACCGAGACACAGCCAUUAAGAUCAUGCAGAAACUAUUGGACCAGAGCAUCAUUCACCACGUGUGUGACGAGCACCGGGAGUUCAAAGACCUGAAGCUGUUUUACCGCUUCCGCAAAGACGACGGCACGUUUCCAUUGGACAGUGAAGCCAAAGUCUUCAUGAGGGGGCAGAGGAUCUAUGAGAAACUGAUGACCACAGAAAACAACCUAUUACAAACCAGGGAGGAGGAGGGCGGGACAUUUGAGCGGGCGCUGGUGGCUUCUGAGUUUAUCGACUGGCUGCUACAGGAGGGGGAGAUGCCAACCAGGGAGGAGGCAGAGCAGCUGGGACGAAGGCUCCUUGAACAUGGCAUCAUCCAGCACGUCACCAACAAGCACCACUUUGUCGACGGCCCCCUCCUCUACCAGUUCAGGAUGAAUUUCCGGCGACGACGGCGGCUGAUCGAACUUCUUCACGAGCGCGGCCGCAGCAUCCCCGAGAGUCACGACAGCCCCUUCUGUCUCCGCAAACAGAACUCAGAUGGAGGCAACACAAGCUUCCUCUCAGUGAGUCCCACUAAAGAGAUUAAGUUGGCGGUCGGAGUUCGGCGGAGCAGCAUGAGCAGCAGCUGUGGCAGCAGCGGUUAUUACAGCAGCAGUCCUACGCUCAGCAGCAGUCCACCUGUCCUUUGCAACCCCAAAUCUGUUCUGAAAAGACAAGUGAGUCCAGAGGAGCUGCAGACACCAGGAGGACCUUUUAUAAAGAAGACAUUCACUAUUGUCGGUGACGCUGUGGGCUGGGGGUUUGUGGUGCGAGGCAGCAAACCCUGUCACAUCCAGGCUGUGGACCCUGGUGGACCUGCAGCUGCUGCUGGCAUGAAGGUGUGUCAGUUUGUGGUGUCGGUGAACGGACUGAACGUCCUCUCUCACGACUACCGGACCGUCAGCAACCUGAUCCUCACUGGACCCAGGACAAUCGUCAUGGAAGUGAUGGAGGAAGCCUGAGGAGAGCCGUGAGAGAAUCCCUCAUAGAUGAGUAGUGCAGUAAUAACGUGGGGACUAGAAGGUUUAGUACUUGACCUUAAAACCACAGCGACAGAGCAACGUGGACGACUUGAGCCGCAACUCUCUCUCUCUCUCUCUGUCCCAACAUUGUUUGGACAAGGUGUAUGACUGUGAGACGGAGUGUGUUUAAGAAUGUGGGUAUUCAAGUCAAGGAAAAGAUUCAACCUGUAGAAGAAACACACAGGUUGAUUUUUUUUUUCUUUGAAUUUGGAGACGCACACGUAAAACAGGGAAAGUGCAAGAGCCGACACUUCUACAGAUGUUAAUCCGACUGCCCACAGAGACUCUCAAGUGUUGUUGAAGAGACCCCAGACUUUUUGUGUGGAAUAGGAUGACCCAUGUUGGCUGCUUUUUGUUUGGAUUUGGAGCGGUUUCAUGAAUCUGUGGCUGACUAUGACCAAGUGUUUAAAGGACGAGAGACUGAGUUCUUCAGUAGAACCAGGAGAUGAACCGGUAGAAGCUGAAAGUGUAACAAUAAGAAGGACUAUUUCAUGCUGACACAUUCAGUGACCUCUCCCCCAGUUAUUUCCAACAAUGGACCUGCGGCAACACUGCCCUCUGCUGGGAGGCAGAGACACACACACACACACACACACACACACACACACACACACACACACACACACACACACUCACACACACACACAGAGGAGCAUUUCUUUUUCAACGACAUAAAUCACAUGUCUUUGGUGUCGGGGUGUUUUUGUUUUUUCUUUGCUUGGGGAAACCAUUGUGUUAAAUAGAAAGAGACACUUUUCUACCCUUGUGUGCUAAAACAAAUCGAUGCCCAGGUAAAUGUAUGUGUAGCUGCUGGGAAUUAGUUAGUUUACAAGAUAAAAAGUGCAGUGAUAAACAGUAUGUGACAUAAACAGGCACAAUGUACAUAGAAGAGUUACGAGGGAGUAAACGCACAAACAAACUGAAGAAGUCCUGCUUUAGAAAAACAGUGUUUAUCAGGUGAAGCCUCAUAAUUGUGCAAAUUAAAACAAGCUGCAACACUGAGAACAUUGGAGACUUUAAAGAUACUUGCUUUAUAAAGGAUUAAUAACCCCUUAUCUUUAUUAGUAUCCCUUAGUUUAGAUUUUUUAAAGAAAUACGUGAUAUGCAAACCAGAAACUUCCACAAUGACAUAAUGUGUCAUUAUUUGUAAGAGGUUGUUUAAAAGAAUAGAAACUUCAGGAGUAAAUGAUCUCUGUCUUACAUACUGUUGAGAUAUUCUUAACUCUCAAAUAUUAGGAAAAAUUAGAAAAUAUUUCUAAGAGGGAUUGCAUUUAUUGUUUAAAAAAUGAAAGGUUUGUUUCAUAACAACGGCAAUGCCAAAUACAUCCUAAACUGUAAUGCCAACCAAAUAUAAUUUGGGAACUUAAAAGAUUUUCUUGCAGCAGACAUCGGAGUCAGUUGACCUAAAAUAUAGAAUAUAUGUCUAUAUAUCCUUUGAUGUUAGAAGAAUUAAAGGGUGAAAUGACUAUAUGAGCACUUGAACUAUUAAUCAUUUGUUUUUUUAACUAACAAACGCACUUAGGUGACAAAAGCUUUGUUUAUGUUUAAUAAUAUUUCAAUUUUUAACAUGUAUAUGCUUAUAUACAAGAUUUCAUUGUUGAUUUUUUUUUUAUGCAAUCUUUAUCAAUUACUCACCCUGUCUUAUGUUGAAUUUGGGAUGGAAAGUGAAUUAAUUCAAGUCAUAUGGCUCCAUGUUUAACAGCAAUACCAUAUCAAAACACCUGUUUACAAACUCUCACACAACUCGUGCAGUAUAAUCCAAGACACUUUCAAAUAAUAUGAAGGGUAGCAUGCCUGUGCUGUUCAUGCAUGACUGGAUAAAUGAUCCUUGGAUUACACUGCGCGAGUUGUGCGAGAGUUUGAUGUUUUGAUAUAGUUUUGCUGUUGUGAAACGUGGACCCCAUAGACUUCAAUUCAUAAAAAAUGUUUGCCUUUUUUGGAUUUUUCAUUCACUGUGGAGACAUGCAAAAAAACCCAAAGUUUUCUUAAAGAAUUAAGCAUAACACGGGGGUGAGUAACUGAUAUACAACUGAUCAUUUGGGGGGUGAAGUAUUCCUUUAAAAAGGGUUACCUGAGAGUUAACUGCACUAAAGCAGACCUGACAUUUAGAUAAAUGUAUCAUUAGAGUCCAAAAUAACAUCACAAGAAUUAACUGUAUGUUUAUAGACUGUGCCAUCACGUGCUUAGACAUACUAGCAUGAGGAGAUCACAUUUAAAACUUUACGAUAAUAAAAAGAAAAGUAUGGACAAGUGAUGCACAUGUUGCUCAUACAGCAUGUGUCUGUAAUCAAUGGCUGAGCGAGUAAACACUUGUUUGUUUUAGACAAAACAACACUGCCUGGUUCAUAGAAUAUGUACUUAGUUUAGUCCUGAGGUGACAUUAUUACUAAAUACAACCUUUUUUAUUUAACAUGAACAUAUAUUCAGGAAAUCUGUAUUGACAAACUGUUGAAUGAACACAGACUGUAUGUCACGGUAAACUGCCUCCGAGUCUCAGAAGUGGACAUCUCAUUGUUUUUUCCCCUCAGUAUGCUUCGAUGUUGUAAGCAGUGAAAUGCAUGAUUCCUGUAAAUCUGUGCUUAUGUAGCAUUAGCGUCGAAUCCAAAGUGCUUCUUCAGUUAAUUGACAUGUAGGACUGAGUUAUCUGACAGAUCAUUUCAGAUGUAAAGUAGAUUUGGGCCUUCAAAACUCUUCAUUUUUAACAUGCUUUCUGAAGAACAAAACUAAAGUUCAGUUUAUAAAAUUAUAGAAUAUUUGAUGUUCUCUGGCUGAUAAACAUUCAUGACAUUUUGUCAUAGUUGGAUGCUGAUCUCAAAACUGCUCGCUCAUGUUGUUGGGUGAUGUCAUACAACACACUGUUUUCACAUCAUGUAAAGAUCAUGGAUAGUUUUGGGUUUGCUGAGUUUGGAGGAGAUGUAAUAGGGACACAGAGGUGUCAAUUUUUUUCUGUACUUUUUCAUAUUGGUUAUUUCUUUCCACACACCAUUCAGCAGGUAACAUGACGAAAAUCACUUCCUCUGCAGACAUUAGUGAGUCAUCAAUCAAGAAUUUACAUUAGUUUUUAACAGCUGAUAUCUACACCCAUCAUGGGUUCAGUUUUAUUUUAUUUUUGAAUUAAAGAUACACUAUGCAGGAAAUGUCGGCUACUGUUUGCAAAUAUUAUCCCCAGCAAAAGUAAAUGUGAAAGCUAACAGACUGGCGUUUUACCUUGCCAGUUUUUCAAUGCUGCAUCUGUGAUUUUUGUAGCUUCCUCUUGAAUGCCUGCUGCUUACGGUCUGGCACCUGGUUUCUAGUCCUGACCUCACCUGUGUGCUGUGUACGGGAACAUCCUGGACACAGCAAAAUGAGAAGUAAAUAAGAAAAUAGAGACAAAUGGCAGAGUCUUUGCAGAUAAAUACAUCUCCACACAUCUACUGGGUCAUAAGUGAUGAUGAGGGAUAAGAGGGAUGACCUUUGCAUGAGUCUAUACAUUGUUUUUUAUUUAUUUUUAAAUGAAAAUCCUGCAUAGUGUACCUUUUAAAAAACUCACCUACACACAGUUUUAGACACAGUAUUUGUUCUUCUAACUGUGUCUGGAAAUGAUGUGGUUGAACAGCUGUGAUUCUUGAGGAGAGGGGAGAUGUUGCUUGUUUGUCUGAAGGCAGUUUGGAAAGAGCACAAAGGUUGAUUAUGGUCAAAGUUGACUCUUGGUAACUGAAAAUAUGCAGAAUUGUGAAAUGUAUGUAUGAAAAAGUGUUGAAGGAGUUCUUUGGGGUCAUGGGUUGGCUGAAACGGGUUCACUGACUGCUCGACAAUAAGCCUGAAAGCGUUUGCCUUAAGACCUUAUUUUGCUGCUAAUCAUAGUCGGUGGUCAUCUAAUCUCCUGUUCCGUUCCCCUAGAUCUGUUUAUCUCUGGCUGCGUAUAUUAAAAGUGCUCGUUGUAUUAGGCGAUCAUGCGUCAGUUCUGUUGACAAUCAGUGUUUCAAGGACACCACCUUCAAAUAGCACAACAGCAGUUUUAAAAAGCAAUGGUCAGACAGAAUGUAUUCUCCUCCAUCCUCUACAUUGUGCUGUUGAUAUUGUCAGUUUUAUACUUAAUCUUUGAUGACUGGUUUACUCAUCUAAUUAAAGGGAUUCUUUUACUUCACGUUCACCUCAUAAGGCCGGGGUGAGGGGCCCAAAUAUUCUCAGUGUGUUUUAUUUUCUGGGGUAUCAGAGAUUGAAUGUCAGGUUUGACAACAGUAUAAGCUCACACAGUACCACAGUCUGUUUAUGACAAAGCAGCUAAAGCUCAUUCUGAUGUUCUCGUGUAUUAAACAGUUGAUUAAGUGUUUAAUAAACAAAGUGAUUCUACUCUGUG